AUGAUAAAAUAUGGAGGACAUAGAGCAUCAACUUACCGGUCCGAUGAAUGAUGAAAUGCUCACACUUCAAGCCACUCAUCGAUCUAGUCGUGUUUGGUCUCAUCAGGCUUUCGCAGAUAAAAGAGUAUCACUAAAGCAUAAAAGAAGGGUCCUUUUAGAGUUGAGUGUACUCCACCCCACCAAAGUCAGGGUGAAGCCACCUGAUUUGUCCAAGAAAAGUCAGCAAUCACCCCUUUCCCACAGCCACCUUUGGAAUCCAUACUUUUCAUGAGAGAUAUGCACAAAACAUAAGAGAAGGAUGGCAGGUGAAUCUUCUUCCCUUACUGAGAGGAAAGAGUUCAAGAAGAAAGGGAAGCUGCAAGGAUCCGUAAUCCGCAGGUUCGGCUCCAACAAGCCAUCAUCAUCUUCUUCUGCUUCUUCGAAGCCAAAACGUUCGUCGCGUUUUUGUUGCGUUUAUAUUGAUCCAUCAAGUUCAAGUGGUAGUUCAACCCCAGAGAAGCAAAGCCCAGUGGCACAACUACAGAUGCCAGACUUCAUCACUAUGGCCAGCCCAUCAUCACCCUGUCAUGACAAUAAAACAGCCUAUUAUGUUCAGUCUGUAUCUCUUGAUCAGGGGGAAAAGAUUCUAGGGGAGGAAACGAAUCCGGCUGAUUCUUCAGAUUCAAGAUCAGUGAAAGAGGAGGACGAAAUCAAAAAGGUGGAGAACUUCGGGAGCUCGGGGUCUUUCAGGAGAAAGGGGAGAUCAAGAAACAUGAAACAAGCUAAGCCUUUAUCUGAUGAAGAUUCAGCAACAGGAUCAGAAUCUUCUGCAACUGAUGAUAUAGAGGGAAAGAAGGGAACUUCCCAGGCAAGUCUUAAUAGCUUUUCUGAGUCUACUAGCUUUGGUGUUAGUGGUCAUUCUCAAGAAAUUUUAGGACCGUCUGAUCGGAAAUCUUUGGAAACUUUAAUGAGGACAUCUAGCUUGAGGGACAGUUUCAAGUCCAAGAGAAAGCCUUCUUUUCGCUAUUCUAGGAGGGUCCCUAAGGUCAAAAUUGCAGAUAAGGCUACUUGUUCUUCCACCAUGAGGAACUCAAAGUUCCCUGAAAAUACCACACUGAAACCGGGGAAAUCUGAUUCAGAUGUGCUCCAAGCUUAUAAAGUUUGUUCAUAUCAUCAUUGCUCUCUUCAUGGGCAUUCUCAAGAUUCAUCGACUCCAUCAAAGCGCCAUGAUGCGAGGAGAAAAUCAAUAAAAUUGAAGAAAAACAUCAAACAGGUUAAAGAAACUAAAAUUGACGGAGAUCUGGAUUCCGAAUCAUCCAACAAGACCGUUAAUCAACCUGACACUAAGAAGGAAAAGCGUAUGAGCAUGUGGAACCUCAUACGUAGAAACAUGUCUUCGGCUCUUGCUGCAGAAUCCAAAAACCAAUCAGCCCCACCAGAAGGUUCUGGGUUAAAAGCUGAUUCUCUUGAAGAAGAAAUGCCCACUUUGGAUCAGGGUGUGAAGGUUCUUGCAGUUAAGCUUGUACGAGAAGCGAUAGAGAAGAUUCUCCUUCCAGAGGUUAGUGACUUUGCACCAGACCAGGAAAUACUGGGAAAGAAUCACAGUGAAGUGGAACACAAUGCACCGUCUGGUUCAGAAGAGAUGAACACCAUGAUUGCUAGCAGCAGCGAAGGUCAAAAUACGGAGAGAACGAAAGAAGAGGUUCCUAAUGAAUCUGACACAAGAGCACCAAAACACUGGAGUAAUCUGAAGAAAUGGAUUCUGCUCCAACGGUUUACCAAGGAACUGGAAAGGGUGAGAAAGCUAAACACGAAGAAACCAAGAAAUGUGCAGGUGGAACUUGAUUUCGAAGCAGAAAAGGUUCAUCUGAGGCACCAAACUGUGGAGGAGAAGAAACGGCAUGAGGAAUGGAUGAUUGAUUAUGCACUUCAGCAAGCAAUGAGUCAACUUGCCCCAAAUCAGAAAAGAAAGGUGGAACUUCUUGUAAAGGCAUUUGAAACCAUGGUUCCUCCACAGGGAGAUCAGCAAUUUCAGUUCACAUUCCCCAGGCCUGAAAGAAAAGGCAAAAAUCACCCUCUCAUCAAAACCGAAACCGAUAUGAAAUCAGCUACAGAAUCUGAGCAACAAUCUGAUAAACUAAAUGGCGGGUAUCUUCAAGAUGAUGGUACAGCCAAUGCACAAACUGAAACCAUGGUUCCUCCCCAGGGAGAUAAGCAUUUCCAGUUCACAUCUCUUAAGCUUGAAAACAAAGGCGAUGAUCACCCUCUCAUCAAAAGUGAAAGAGAUAUGAAAGUAGCUACAGAAUCUGGGCAAUUGCCUGAUGGACUCCAUGGAGGAUAUCCUAAAGAUGUUGGAACAGGAAAUGAACAGUUGGGAAACCGGAACUACAUUAAAAUGUGGCAUAUGGUAUCCCAACACGUUCUCUCAGGCAUUGCAUCAAACACUAAGAGUUUACUACUUGAUGAGGCAGAUAAUGAUUCAGAAGAAAGCAUCAUCACUGCAGAAAAAGGUGAUCUUGAUUCAAGAAGUUUCAAUAGAGACGACGCCAUUAAACUCGUUAAAGAAGCAGUUAAUGAGAUCCUCACAACACAAAUUCAAGAUGAUUCUUUAGACACAGGGCCAGAUCACACUAUCUUGAAUCUGGGCGAGAAAUGUUUGGAAGAAUGCAAGCUGGGAACACACGGAAAAGAUCCAAGAAAUGACAAUCUCACUGAAAACAAGGGGAUGGGAGAACCAUCACUAGGCAAAGAACAAGAAGAAGACAACCCGGAGUUGCACAAACCCAAUAAGUGGAUCAAGCUGAGAAAGCUUCUCGUUCUGAAGAGAUCAAUCAUGGCCCUGCAAAACGCCAGGAAAAUCAAAUUGCAGAAACCACAGAACCUUCCAAUGGUGCCUGAUCCAGAACAAGAAAAGCAUGAUCUGCGGCACCGAAUGAUGGAUGAGAGGAAAAAGGCGCAUCAAUGGAUGCUUGAUUAUGCAGUGCAGCAUAUUGUGACUAAACUAACUCCUGCAAGGAAGAAGAGGGUGGCAAUGCUAGUGGAAGCUUUUGAAGCUGUUGUUCCAUUGCCGUAGGAAGUAAGCCACUGAAAAGCACUCCUUUGUGAUCAAGAAUUAUGGUAUUGAACUUUCAAAAAAAAAACAAAUGGUAUUGAUGUUUUGUUUCAUUACAAAUAUGUUUGUAACCGAAACAGGACAAGUCUAUUUGAGCUCCAUUUGGGAUUUUUUGUUAAUAAUUUAUGGGUUCUGCACUUUUGCUAUUGACAUUCAAAAGCACUAAUAAGCACUUCUGUUAUUA